UAAUAAACCUGGUUACGCUUCGUAUACGUACGGAUAAAUUAAAGUAAACAAGGAAGGUAAUUGCAUUCACAGAAUUAAAGUAACACUAAAAGAAAAUACAUAUGCAACUUUGGACCAUUACUGUCUUCUCUUACACUUCAUACAGAUAAAAUGGGAAAUGCAAAUAAGAAACCAUCUGUGGAUGAUAUGCUAGUAUUCAUCAGUAAAGAAACCAAGAGAUGGUCGGAUAUUUUUGCCAACAUUAAAAGGCAACAGAGGCAUGAUGCAACAUGGGAAGCAUAUAUGUACAAUGAAAUAAUGGUCACUGAAGAUAAAUGGAGAGGACUAAGAACAAAACUGGGCGGAAGUUUAAAAAAACAUGAAGUUGCAGCAAAUGAAGAGAAACUGAGGCAGUUAAGGUAUCAACUGGGCCGGAAAGAAUCAGACAAUGAUCGCCUUUUACGACGAAAUAGUUAUCUUGAGUCGCAGCACAUAGAAAUGAAAAUGACAUUAUCUAUUUUAAACAGAGAAAUUACUGAGCUAAAACAAAGGAAACAGGAAGCGCAGGUCAUUGCUGGUCGUUACUCAAAUCCGGAAAUGAGAUCGCCACAAAAUCAACAAUCACGGGGAACUAAAUAUGAAGCGGAUCAGACGAUAUUACAUUUACAAAAGCAAUUAGCAGAAAAGGAAGACGAAGCACAGGUGCUCAAGGCUAACGUUGAAAGUUUGCAAAUGCAUGUAAAGUUUGUAGAAGAAGAAAAGGCAUCUCUUUUGCUCAGGAUUAGUAAAUUGGCAGGGGAUAGACUGAUAGAUAACAACCCCGCAAUCGCGGAUCUGAGUGAUCCGAACAGACCAACAAAACUUGGAGAGGUUUACAGUGAAAUGUACGACAACGAAUGGACAAAUGCCUUCGAAACAUUAAACAAAUCUGGUUAUGACGAUGAAACGGCUGUCGAAACAUUGCAGUUAACGUGGCUGAAUGUAUUCAAGUUUUGUGAGACGAAAGCCGGUAUGGUACUGAAACAAGCCACAGAUGCGGUCAAUUUGUUAUUUGAGGAGUACAAGCAGUCCGUAACAGUAUUGGUACCUGCUCACUUGACAGUUCGGCAAAAGCGUCCACGACAAAGAGGAAGUGUUAUUAGUGAAAUAAAAUUACAACAAAGAUGGAAACCAAAAAAUGCUAUAACUAAUGCUCAUGAAUCAGAGAGCAAACAAAUGCCGAUGAGCACUGAAAUGGGAAAAAUAAAAGAGAAGCUUAAGAGAACGGCCGAAGGUAAACUGAUUCAUCUUAUUAAGGAAGUUGCUGCAUCCAUGGUGCCAAUUGUACAGGAGGCCUACAUGGAGGCUAGCUGGGAUCCAGAAUGUCUUGAGGAGCUCAAACCUUUCAUACUAAAAUGUCUAAAUCUCGGAUGGAUGAUGGUUGUUCAAUCACCACCAAUGGUUCUAGCUACUUGUGAAGCAGAUGGAAAGUUAGAUAAAAAUAAGUUUAAAGAGUACACGAAGAGUGGAGAUGUCGUCGACUUUUUAGUUUGGCCAGCUUUGUUGUUAGAAAAAGAUGGGUCUGUAGUCGUCAAGGGUGUUGCAGAGGCAAAAAGAAAAUGAAUCAUACACAGUAAUUUACACAACAUUUACGUAUAUGCUUGAAGUAGUCUAGAUAAUCAUGAAUAAGUAUCUAACAAUAACUGUGUUGUAAUACAUUGUGACGCACACCUUUUAUUUUAUCUGCAUUAUGAUUUACAUUACUGUAUAAAGCACCAAGGUAAUAUACAUUAAAGUGCAAAAGAAAUGCAACGCUUAGAUGUGUCUGACCAAUGAACAACUCAAUUUAUUUUAUAGUAAAUUGCAGUCCUAUUGAUAAUAAUUCGAAUCAGUUACAUGUAUUAUUAUCGAUAAACAAUGAUUCCCAUUUCUUCCUAUUAGAAAUAUAUGAUAAUAACGAUUUUAAAACAGCAUUAAGAACUAUAACAGUAUGUCAAGGAUUGCCAUGCACAUCAUUGACGACAUCCAAAUAUUUUGUCUGUUUUGUGUGGUUUGCUUGAACGAGGGGUGCCCUUAGAAGUUCGCGGAAUUGUUAAAUAAAUUUCAUACUGGUUAUUUGUAACAAAGAAUUCAGGAGGACAAUUUAUGAUUUUAAAACAUAAAUGUAUAAAAAUCAAAAGAUUACGAUAAACAUGAAUCCGUAAAUGGAUGUACAGAAAUCGUCUAUCACGUAACAACCGGAGCACAUACGACGUUGAUGACGUUAACAAAACGUUACAUUACAAGUUCCCUGGUCACUUUUUCAACAUAAUCCUAGCCAAUUUUUACUCAUUUCCAGUGUCUUCCGAUCCAUUUCUGAAAUACAUGUAUUUCCAUGUACCACUCUUUGUCAAGAGUAGAAACAAUUUUCUUUGUUGUUUGGAUAAGGUCAGAGGUCUACUCAAAGCGUUGGCCGCCUAAGUGGGCUUUGAUCUACAUUCGGUCGCUUCUCUCAAAACUUUUGAAUUAGUUCUCUCCGAAAAAAACACCCUGAAAAUGAAUAUCAAAUUGUUAAAGGAUCAGGUGGCCGCCCGGUUCUGGUGUCUACCUUUACGGAAUCUGAAAGUUUUUCCGAAUUAGGGACGCGUUGUCGAUCUUUUCAUCAGCUUCAGGAUUUCUGCUGACGACAUCUGAAGACCUACGUACAUUUUCACGACACUCUGUAACUCGACGUCACAUGUGGACGUCAUGCCAAAGUUGUUUCUUAACACCGAUGUUACUAAUGUUAUAGCAACUUUGAACAGAAACAGCUAUGACGUUGAAAUUUCAGGAAAUUACGUCAAUGCAUGCUGUAACGUCACAUUCAGUUCAUUGGAUAUUCAUCCACCUUACAGUAAUAUAAACUGACGACGUUUAAACAAAAACAUGCACAUAUUAAUGUCUGCACCGGGUAAGGGUAGGUCAGUUGCUAUGGAUACUGAUAUAUCGGGGGAAAGAAAAACAUGAUUUUUAAUAGCAAAACCUUACUUAGUUUAAAAUUUACUCCCACCACAUUUCAAGCAGAUUGGUGUUGCAUUUGUGAACAAGGACGUUAUUCUGCGAACGUCUGGGACACCCCUCGUACAUCGCUCGGCAGAGAUGUUUGACGUAAUAAUUGGGAAGUACAAAGAGUAAUUUUGUUGCAAAAUAAACACAGUUUCGGCCUUCUUUGUUUAUAGGAAAACAAACGUCGUGUGAUGUUUAAAUAUAGAUAGUCUGUAAAAAUGUUGAUUAUGAUAUUGUUGAUUAUAUGUCUUUAUGGAUGAAACAUAGACUAGCCACUAGACUGAUAAUAAUAUAUUUCUACAUUUUUCCUUUUUUGAUGAAUUUAAUUUCAUAGAGACAAAAGCCAGUCUCUUUUACAGAUUUUCACAGAGGAAUGAUGUUGAAAUUAUCAUAUGAUAUUGGACAUAGAAUAUAGACUGGCUCAGUUCACUACAUUUAAUCAUACAAAUGUAAAAAAAAGAUAUAUCAUAGUCUAGGAGCUAGUCUAGAUGAAACACAUCAAGAGACUUUGAUUAUGAACCUUCGAAACUAACAAGUUUAUUCAUAUGUAUUUACUUAUCGUUACCAGUAACAAGAAUUAUCUGUAACAUUGGUCCGAGAGAUCACGGACUUUUAUUGCAACAAUUGAGGCCAAUAGAAGUUUAUACAUUUUUUUCUUGAAACAAUAUUUCAUAUCCUCCAUGAAAACCCAUUUUUUAAGUGUCAAAGCCGUGCCUAUAUUUUUAAUUCACUGGGUUUUUUGAAAAGGGAGUUAAACGCGUUCAAUGUAAAAAUAUUAGUGGGUUGGGUAAAGUUUAUCUCUACCAAUUUUCACUGUUUGAUUACAGUAACUAUCCGGUUGUCAGUAAAUGUACAGACGCCAGACAAUGUCAGCAGUAAGAAAUUCAUCAAUACAGAAUGAAGGUCAAACUUGAUAUUCAAGGUCAAAGUUCAAAUUUAUGUAAAAAUCACAAAAAUUGGCAUAUUUUAAAUUUAUUUUUAUUCUUCCAAACCAGUUUGUUAUUAUAAGUCACUAUCAGCAAUGCAAAUGUUAUCGCAAAAUCAAUGUUAACCCUUAUAAUUUGAGGUCAAAGUUCAUUUUCAUGCAAAAAUGUGAAAAAUAUUACUUUUACUUUUUCGAAUCUGUUUUAUAUUUCUUAAAAUUAUUAACCGCUAAAGUAAACUUGUUUUAGUGUUUGUAUUCAGGCAAAGUCAGUAGUGCAGAUGUAAUCCCAAAACUGUCCAAGGUAAAGCUAAUAUCAAAUGUCAACAUUAACCUUUAUCACAAACAUAAGUGAAUAAGAAAUAGAAAGGCCUGGCUUUGACACUUAAGAAAUGGGUUUUUCAUGGAGGAUAUGAAAUAUUGUUUCCAAAAAAAGUAUAACCUUCUCUUGGCCACAAUUGUUGCAAUAAAGGUCCCUCCAUUACCUCUUGGACCAUAAAGGAUCAGUAUGAAAUAUACAAGUUAGAUAAAUUCUACAUAUAAAAGGGAAUUGCCAAGGAUUUCGCCAAACACGACAAAAAUGGAACUGUUGUAGGCUCGUUUUGAUUUGGCAUGUUCGUGGAAAGUACCGGAAAUGUAAGCUAGAUUAGCGCCCACUAGCCCAGAUUGAGUGAACCUCAAUAUUGUACAUGUUACAAUUAUGGACAUAAGCUUAUGUAUUUAUAUGGUACAUAGUCUUGUCUUAUUUUACAUUAAGGCGAUAUUUAAACCUAAAACGAACUGCAUGUAAAACCUGUCUUCAUUAUAUGUGAAUUUAACUAAGUUUUAGUUUCAAUCAGCAUUUGUAUAUGUUUAUAAAUUAGGUUUGAUAUUUAGUAAAUUGUAGCCAUUUGACACAUUAAUAAACCCAAAAUUAUA